GUCUCUGUCUGUCUGUCUGUCUUCCUCCAGAGAGGAAGUCUUCUAAGAAGCGUGUGUAUGACGAAGAGGAGGAUGAGGAGGAGGCGAUGGGCAGUGAGUCCCAGGAGGCCAUCCCUGCAGCGGCCGGUAAAACGGUGGAUGAGUCGGCCAUCAAGCUGGACGAGUACGGGGCUAAAGACUACCGGCUGCAGAUGUUGCUGAAGAACGACCACGGAUCACGACCUCUCUGGGUGGCUCCAGAUGGACACAUCUUCCUGGAAGCCUUCUCUCCAGUGUAUAAGUAUGCCCAGGACUUCCUGGUAGCCAUAGCAGAGCCAGUGUGUCGUCCGGUCCACGUUCAUGAGUACAAGCUGACAGCCUACUCCCUCUACGCUGCUGUGAGCGUCGGUCUACAGACCUCAGACAUCGUGGAGUAUCUCCAGAAACUCAGCAAGACAUCUGUACCGGACGGCAUCGUGCAGUUCAUUAAGCUCUGCACUGUGAGCUACGAGGUGAAGCUGGUGCUGAAACACAACCGGUACUUUGUGGAGAGUGCGUUCCCAGAGGUGAUCCAGCGUCUUCUUCAGGACAGUGUGAUCAGAGAUUGUCGUCUCCGAACCGCAGAGGGGACAGACACCGAGCUCAUCACUGAGGUCGUACACAGCAAGUCAGCGAUCUCUAAGUCCCUCCAGGACAACGGAGCAGGGGCCUCCACGUCAGCAGGGGCCCCUGAGGGCCAGACGCCAGGAGCCACCCAGGUACCAGAGGACAUAUUCAGCUACUAUGAACAGAUGGACAAGGAGGAAGAGGAGGAGGAGGAGACGCAGACCGUGUCCUUCGAGAUCCGACAGGAGAUGAUUGAAGAGCUUCAGAAGAGGUGUAUUAAUAUGGAGUAUCCUCUACUGGCCGAGUACGACUUCCGCAACGACACGGUGAACCCUGACAUCAACAUGGACCUGAAGGCCACAGCUGUACUCAGGCCUUACCAGGAGAAGAGCCUUCGCAAGAUGUUUGGUAACGGCCGUGCCCGCUCGGGAGUCAUCGUACUACCUUGUGGUGCUGGGAAGUCUCUAGUAGGGGUAACGGCAGCCUGUACGGUCCGUAAGCGCUGCCUGGUCCUGGGGAACAGCUCUGUGUCAGUAGAACAGUGGAAGGCUCAGUUUAAGAUGUGGUCGACCAUCGACGACUCUCAGAUCUGCCGCUUUACCUCAGAUGCCAAGGACAAGCCGAUUGGCUGCUCGGUGGCCAUCAGUACAUACAGCAUGUUGGGACACACCACCAAGAGGUCUUGGGAGGCAGAGAGAGUGAUGGAAUGGAUGAGGUCUCAGGAGUGGGGUCUCAUCAUCCUGGAUGAGGUCCACACCAUCCCUGCUAAGAUGUUCCGUCGGGUUCUGACCAUUGUCCAGGCCCACUGUAAGCUGGGUCUGACCGCUACGCUGGUCCGAGAGGACGACAAGAUCGUCGAUCUCAACUUCCUGAUUGGGCCCAAGCUGUUCGAGGCUAACUGGAUGGAGCUCCAGAACAACGGGUACAUCGCUAAGGUCCAGUGUGCCGAGGUUAGUCUGUCAUCCAUACCUGUACCAGUCUGUGUGGGGAUAAACCUGGGUUAG